CCAUCCAUUCCAUCAUUCCAUACCCAUCAAAGCCCAGACUACGCGAUCCCAUCGAACCAACCCGACCCUGGCAAGCCAGGAGAAAUGGUCGUCGAUGGGUCGGCAGCAAAGAAGAGAAAUAUUGACAUCGCUAAGGAAAUGCAACGACAAAGGGGGGUAUUCUAGUUCUCUAGCGAGCGACUAUGAGAAGAAACGUGCAAGAGCAAAACGAGUGUCCUGUAAAACCACCGACCGUCCAGAUGCAGCCCAUCCCGACCCAUCGCCCAAGGUAUGCCGCCAGCCCAGUCCCGAAACUCAAGAAAAAACUCCAUCCGCCACCGUCCCCCAGUGUUGAGAUGUUUCUUCGUACCCAUGAGGGAAAGUUUGAUGCGAAAGCAAAGCCCCGGCUUGCUAAUGAAGUAAAAUUCGGUAAAGCAACGCAAAAAUCAACGCUGUCAUAACAUCAUGAAACAAAUGAAUCGACAAAGGAAAUCA